UUGCUCCGCCUCCUGGAACGAGGAAACGAGGGCAUAGAAACAAGGCCAGUGUUUUGCCAGGAGUAGAAAUGGCGCGAGAGGCCGUGAACCUGCCCUUACCCAUCAUGGCGGUGGAAACAGGGCCCGCGUUUCCCUCUGCGGUGUGUUUCGGAGCCCCAUGUCAGAAAGUAUCGUGUCCCUAUGAUCCUAACCACCAAAUGCCUGCGUCUUCCCUAGAGAAGCAUAUGAUAUCCUGCAGGCUGAGGAAACUGGAGUACUCCAAAGAAGAGGAGAAUGAAAUGUAUGAUUCUACUUUUUUCUAUGAAAAAGCUAAAAUCCCUAAAGUUCUAAUGGACAAGAAUUUGCAGUUUGAAAUUAUUAAACAAGCUGCUACCAAAGGGUGUGGAAGUUAUUUCCCAGGUGCUUAUUCCUCUCUGCCUGUCGAAGUUCCAGAAAACCACAAGCGCUACAUCUGUGAUCUGACCCAGGCUGACCGCCUUGCAAUUUACGACUAUGUUCUUGCUGAGACAAAGAACCAGAGGUCAAGAUCCCAGCUGGCAGAAAAUGACAGUGAUCUCUUCGUAGAUUUGGCAGCAAAAAUCAACCAAGAUGACGGUCAGAAAGGUCCCAAGUCCCACCUUGAAAUUCUCGCAGAGAUGCGUGACUACAAAAGGCGGCGGCAGUCCUACAGAGCUAAAAAUGUGCACAUAACAAAGAAAUCCUACACAGAGGUGAUCAGAGAUGUAAUUGGGGUGCACAUGGAAGAACUGGCUACUCACUGGCAGGAGGAGAAUAGGGACACAGAAGCUUGUGAUGAUGAAAUAUCCUCUUUAUCAGUAAAGUCUUCAGGAAGAAAAGAAGAGCGAAGGUCUGGAUCUGCUGACUCAAGACAGUCUGAUGGAAGUUCUCGGGAUGUUGAUCACUCUAGGCAUAGAAGGAAUCCCAGCAGAAGUCCAGACAAAAGAAGAAGCCGAGAAAAAAGUUCCCGAAGAAAAAGAGAGAGAGAUGAAGACAAGCAUCACAGUCGCAAAAAAAGAAAAUAAGAUUUGUACCAUCACUGAAAUAUGUACCAUCCUGUGGAAAUGGCAGAAAUUGAAAAUGUGCUAUCUAUUUCACUGUUGUGCCAACUUUUAUAAUUUAAUAAAUGUGGUGUAAGAUCUAUCAUUGGCAUCUUGAUUUGCAGAAGGAAAAUGCAAGACAGUGUUGUCAUUCCAGUGCCUUCAUUUCCUCGCAGAACAAAUGUAGCAGUAGAGAUUAUGAAUAAAAACAUUGCACACACCUUCUAGAAAUUUAUGCAAAUGGACUUCAAUUAACCUUUGCAUGAAAUAGGUUAAUUUUUACAUAUUGCCAGCUCAGGACAGUGGUUUCGCAUUGACUAUCUAAUACUUUGGCUUUUUAACAUAAUAAAUAUCAGAAGGGAAAGGGGAGAGGAAGAGAUGCUGGCCUGCAUUGUGUUAUCAGUGAUACCUUGAAUUAAGGCCCAAAGCUGCUGUCAGGAAACAAUAGUAACUAAAGAGACAUCAGUUCACACCUUUAAUUUCUCCUUACAACUAUAUCUCUUGCACCAAUUCAGAAACAACUAAUACCAGUCAGUUACUCGUCUAUCAAUUACUUAGAUAGACAGGUCUGGCCACAAAGAUAAUUUUAAUAAUCAUUCAGAAAUAAUAAACAUUUCUAGUUCAUGAACCCAAUCUGCUCCAAAAGUAAAAAGACUGCUUUUCCAACUUCUGGUUGUACAAAUGGACUAUAGGCACUCAAAUACAGAGGUACCUUGUUUCUUUAGGAUGUUCAGGUGUCUUCAAUCCCUGUUGUAUCAUUCAACUGGAAAGAUGAGAUACUAAAGAUCUAAACAUCUAGUUUUUAUUUAGUAAAUUAUUUCUUGUACUUCAUAACUACAUUAAAAAUUUACUGAAUCAAGUUCACUGGCUAACAGCAAAGUACUAUAGAGACACCCUUCCCAAGAGAGUUCAUGAACAUAGUUGCAUUAUAUUCAUACUUUCCAAAAUAGAAUUAAAUGUAUGAAUGAGCAUGUUCUAUCCUCGUCCACUUAACCACCUCCACUUCCCUUGCUCCUUUACAUAUGGAAGGUCAUCAUCUGAAUUAGCAUAUCUACAUGUGAUUUGAGAUAUGGGUUUUCAUGUGGGAAUGAAAAAUGAACAUAUCAUCCUUCAUUCUCACAUUUCAUUUUGGAAUUCCAGAAUAGAGUUUAAUUAGUAACUUGAGAAUAGGGCAAUGAACGGGGAAAGAAAUGUAUGUGGAUGUUGGUUUAAUAAAUAACUCACAUACAAGACUUCCACGUGACCUAUUUUUUCCAUCAGAGACAUGGAUUUUAUUUUCUACUUAAGUUGGUUCUAUCUUAUAAUUCACUCUAGAAAAUAUAACACUAAAUUGAAAUAUCAAGUAAACGACCUAUCCCAUAUUUGGCCCAACAUGUGUAUCUUUUUAUCUAAAAACUUUUAACCCAGUGUACAACUAAAUAAUGCAAAUGUGGAUAAAGCAACCAGCCUCAUGACCACAGAAAAGUAUGUAAAUAACCACUUCAUUUUAAACCAUAAAUGCUUAAAUAAUAAGUACUACUUAAUAUUUACAUGUUUUAAAGUUCCAUUAAUUGAGCUUUAAAUAAUAACCAUGUCAGUGAUAGAUAGAUAGAUAGAUAGAUAGAUAGAUAGAUAGAUAGAUAGAUAGAUAAUUUAAAACAAAGUAUGGCAGAAUCAGAUCUGUCACCCUCUACCCCAUUAAUUUUUUUAUUUCCUUAUAACAAGUUUUAAAACAAGAGACAUUUAAAGAACGGAAGUGCAAUUGUAAAAAGCUAAACUUUUUGGCAAUAAGUGCAUGAUGCUCAUACAAGAUGCUUACAGUGUUAUUAGGUAAAGGUAAAGGUUUCCCCUGAUGUUAAGUCCAGUCAUGUCUGACUCUGGGGGUUGGUGCUCAUCUCCAUUUCUAAGCCGAAGAGCCGGCGUUGGCCGUAGACACCUCCAAGGUCAUGUGGCCGGCAUGACUGCAUGGAGCGCCGUUACCUUCCCGCCAGAGCGGUACCUAUUGAUCUACUCACAUUGGCAUGUUUUCGAACUGCUAGGUUAGCAGGAGCUGGAACUAACAGCGGCUGCUCACGCCGCUCCCGGGGUUUGAACCUGGGAUCUUUCGGUCUCCAGCUCAGUGCUUUAACGCACUUCGCCACCGGGGCUCCUCCUACAGUGUUAUUACUACAGUAUAUUAUAGAAAGAAUUAAAUCACUUGGAUACUAGUCCAUAUAUUCAUACAUACAUCUGGGUUCAAUAUACAUUUGCCCAUAAACAGAGUAGCACAAUCAGCUUCAACAGCAUCCAUUUCUACUCUGAAACAAAAUCCAUUAAUCCCUUUCCCAUCCGACACCCAGCCAGGUGACUGGUGCUGUCAAGCGAUCUAGUGCUGUGCGCAUAAUCAUAUUAUGGCCUAAAAUGCAGGAGGUAGAUUGAAGCCACAGGAGUCUUGAGUACAGGAACCAUUCAAGUCUAUGCUUUCCAAACAAACACAUGUCAAUCUAGCAGUUAUUAAAUAUAUAGUAGUGCUGAAAUACUUACCCUGCAAGAUCAAAUAACUGGAUAUUGCCAUAUACACUAUUAUGUAUAUACCGCAUUGAGUAGUCCAAUUUAAACUAUGGCAUUAAAAUAGUUUAAAAAUCUCUACCAGUUGAUAAUUUAAUUAUCAUGUAUUAGAGUAAUUCCCUCUGAAUCUCCUCUUUGGAAAUUAUCAGUGUCAUGUAUCAUGUUCUGACUUUAUGCUACUUCAUUACUGCUAACACAAAAAUCAGACUGCAAUUUUUUAUUAAGAACAAACUGUAUUUUAUGUGCAUAAUGUAAUGGCUUUUUAUUGUUCAAGUUCUAUUUGCGAAGUAAAGUUUUAUCAUCCA